GGGCUCUAGGCGGAUGGGAGCUACCCAAGGACAGUUCUGCCCUCUGCAGUUGGGGGCCCAGCUCUGAGGACAGAAAGCCCUUUGAGAAGGCUGCCUCCCACCUGCCGGGCGUGCAGGGCGCCAGACACGGGCCCCCAAGGUCACCUCCGGAGCUGAUAGAGGUGUCCCUCCCAGGAGCUCAGGCUCAGCCCUACAUAAGAGCAGGGUCGCCCAACCCUUGCUGCACCACCAUGCAGAGGUCACCCCUCUCUCUGCUAGCACUACUGCUGGCCCUGGGGCCUGUGUCACAGGCUGAGACCCCCGAAGAGCUGGCGCCCAGCACCAGGGGCCUCAUCUUCCUGGAGGAUGGACUCUGGCCUCCCAGCAGUGCCCCAGAGCCCUCAUGCCUGGUGAGCCUGAGAGGACAGGGGAACACCAGCAAGGCUUCCCUGAGGGUGGUCGGGGGCCUGGACAGCUACGAGCAUGCCUUCCUGGAGGCUGUACGGGAAUCUCACUGGGAGCCCCAAGACCGGGCUACUUUUGGAGUCUGCAGUCCUGGCUCCCAGGCCACCCUGGCAGCGCUGCAGCACCUGGGGGCCUGGCUGCGGGAGACCGGGACACAGCAGUUCCUGGCCCUGCAUCUGGCUGAAGUGCUAUGGGAGCCCACUCUGUUGCUGAAGUUCCAAGCGCCUCCACCCGGGGAGGCCAGGCCUUGGGAGCAGGCCCUGCUGGUGCUGUACCCUGGCCCCGGGCCCCAGGUCACAGUCACAGGGGCUGGACUGCAGGGCCCUCAGAGCCUCUGUCCGACCCCAGACACCCGCUUUUUGGUGCUGGCCGUGGACUUCCCAGAGAGGGCCUGGAGCGGCCCUGGUCUGGCCCUAACCUUUCAGCCUCACAGAGGUGCCAUCCUGAGCAUUGCCCAGCUGCAGGCCUUUCUGUUUGGCUCUGACUCCCGCUGUUUCACGCGCAUGACUCCCACCCUGCUGCUGCCACCUGCCGGGCCGUCACCGUCACCGCAGCCAGCGCUCGGCCAGCUAGACACCAAGCCUUUCCCACAGCCGAGCCUGUCCCUAGAGGCGGAGGACCUGCCACACAGCUCUGACCCCUUCCUAGAGACCCUCACCCGCCUGGUCCAUGCCCUGCGGGGGCCCCUGACCCGGGCCUCGCACACACGCCUGGCCCUGGACCCUGACAAGCUGGCCAGCUUCCCGCAGGGCCUGGUCAACCUGUCGGACCCCGCGGCGCUGGAACGCCUGCUGGAUGGGGAGGAGCCCCUGCUGCUGCUGCUGCCACCCGCGGCGGCCACCGCGGGAGCGCCCACGCCGCCGCACGGCCCCACUUCCGCUCCCUGGGCGGCCGGCCUGGCCCGCAGGGUGGCUGUGGAGCUGCAGGCGGCGGCCGCGGAGCUGCGGGACCUCCCGGGACUGCCCCCCGCCGCGCCCCCGCUGCUGUCGCGGCUGCUGGAGCUGUGCCCCAACGGCUCCCGCGACUCCCGCAGCCCCGGGGACCCGCUGCGCGCCCUGCUGCUGCUGAAGGCGCUCCAGGGCCUCCGCGCCGAGUGGCGCGGGCGGGAAGGGCGCGGGAGGCCCGGCCGCAGCGCGGGGACGGCGGCCGGAGGGCUGUGCGCGCUGCGCGAGCUGAGCGUGGACCUGCGCGCCGAGCGCUCCGUCCUCAUCCCUGAGACCUACCAGGCCAACAACUGCCAAGGCGCCUGCGCGUGGCCGCAGUCCGACCGCAACCCCCGCUACGGGAACCACGUGGUGCUGCUGCUGAAGAUGCUGGCCCGCGGGGCCGCCCUAGGGCGCGUCCCCUGUUGCGUGCCCACUGCCUACGCUGGCAAGCUCCUCAUCAGCCUGUCCGAGGAGCGCAUCAGCGCGCACCACGUCCCCAACAUGGUGGCCACUGAGUGCGGCUGCCGGUGACGCCCGCCCUGCCCCCGGUCAGUGUCCCAAUAAAGAUCAGCAAACGCUCAGUUGGGGUGUCUGUGGGUGGUGGGGCCUCCUGUCACCUCUCUCUUCCCCACCCACAGCCACACACCCAUGGGGAAGCUCUCGGUCCCCAGGUCCGCAUCACUUUACUCUUUUCCAGACAGGAUUUCUCUGCGUUGCCCUGGCUACGCCGGAGCUCAACAGGCUGGCCUCCAGCUCAGAGAGCCACCUGCCUCUGCCUCUCCACUGCUGGCAUUAAACUCCUGG